UUCACCCGGUUGGCCGGCAGAUGGCUGCUUGUCGUAAUAUAUGUUCAUAUGUCUCAGAUGUCAAAUCACUUGUCUAAUGAGAAAAAUGGCACAAAAGACGAGACUAUGAAGAAAGCAUUCAGUGCAAACUCAUCUGGAUUCAAUAAUUAUUCUUUUAAAUAAAUUGUUGAAUCAAAAUCGAGAAAAUAGAAACCAAAUUACAACACAUCAAUAUGGAUCAAUUGUCUCGGAACGAUAUAAUCGCAGUUUUUGUGCGUGUUGGUAUUGGGGCGGCCGUAGCCUUUUAUUCGCUAAAAUGGUUUAUGAAUCAAAUGGACCCGACCAUUCAAAGUAAGAAAAGAGCACGGACAAAGGCAGAAUUCCAAAUAAAACGGAUUACGGAAACAGACAAAAGUCUUAAAAUCGAUAUAUCCACAUUAUCUGAUUAUGAACUGGUAAUUGCAUCGCAUUUGGUUGUGCCUGAAGACAUCAACGUCAGCUGGGCAGAUAUAGCAGGUUUAGAUUCCGUAAUACAAGAGCUUCGGGAAAAUGUCGUAUUGCCAAUUCGUCAUCGACAUUUGUAUUCAUCAUCACAGCUGUGGAAAGCGCCCAGCGGUGUACUUCUACAUGGCCCGCCGGGAUGUGGCAAGACGUUGAUUGCAAAGGCAACCGCAAAGGAGGCUGACAUGCGUUUCAUUAAUCUCGACAUUGCAAUGCUCACCGAUAAAUGGUAUGGUGAAUCUCAAAAACUGGCAUCAGCUGUAUUUUCAUUGGCUACAAAAUUACAGCCAUGCAUCAUUUUUAUCGACGAAAUCGAUUCAUUUUUGCGUUCACGAAGUUCACAUGACCAUGAAGCAACUGCUAUGAUGAAGACUCAAUUUAUGAUGCUAUGGGAUGGAUUGGCAACAACACCAGGAGCAACUAUUAUCGUCAUGGGCGCAACGAAUCGUCCAAAAGAUUUGGAUCGUGCGAUUCUACGUCGAAUGCCUGCGCAAUUUGUCAUUGGUGCACCCGACACAGAACAACGUCGAAAAAUUUUACAACUUGUGCUUGAAACAGAAAGUGUAGCUUCAGAUGUUGACUUGAAUCGACUGGCCAAACUUGCUGUCAACUUUUCGGGAUCUGAUUUACGGGAAUUGUGUAGAAAUGCAUCCGUUGCGAGAUUGCGAGAGUUCGUUCGGGUUAAUGAUGGUACAACCUCAGACGCACGCCUUGAAAAUACUACCAAAUUGGACAGGCCACCACCACCAAUAUCAAUGCAACAUUUACUAGAUUCAUUCGGCAAGAUGAAGGAAUCAAAGAUGCACACCGGAAUGCUGGGAGAGCAUCGUAUUGAUUUAGAUUAGGGAGAUUAGUAGUGAAUGUAAUACAUAUAUGUAUAAUCUAGUUCAAUAAAUAUCGAAUGAGAAGAGCCUCCAAUAACGAGUACGAAAAAAAAACAAAUGGCUUUGUUCGAUGAAAAAAAAACUGAUGUUUUCAAAUCAA